AUACACGUACUUUGGAUUGACCUGUAUUUGAGCCCCUCACCAGAAAUAUAAGAAAAUAAUGCAGAUAUUCAGCAACAUGUCUCACAUUCAGUUGUUCUGUUCCAGGCUCCUGUGGUUCAAGGAUCCCUCUGUCUCUCUUCCUGUUCUGUUUUGUGCUGGCAACAAGAUCAGAAACGGUCAUAUCUGAGAUCCCAGAUAAUGGAACAGAAAGUGGAGAUGGCACUUCCGAUUCCAUCCAUGAGAGUUUGCACAGGGGGAUAGAGGAGAUAUCGGGGACUUUGAAUAUAUCUAUGUACACUCAGAUUCAUGAUGGGAGGUCCUAUGCCGUGAGGUCUGCUGCUCUGCCCUCGAUCGAGCAUCUCAUCCCUCAAGAUGCUUUCAUCAUAUCUAAUGAGACGCUGCCAGAUGCAUGUUUCAUGACGAGUGUUGGUAAUGGUCACGUUGGCACAGUUGUGGACAGCGAUACAAUCCUGAUGAAUGGGUUUUAUAAUGGACGAGGGGGGCACAGUCACAGGGCAAGGAUUCCCUCAAUGGUGUCCUGCAUCAUUGACAGAUUCGAACCGAGAUUUAAUGUGGAACCAAGGCGUUUAUACACGCUUAACAUGAUGAAUGGAAUGUACUUGGAGACGAUCUACGGUGAUGACUUCAUCUUAGAGAAGAAGGUCUACGCCCACCGCCAAAAGACCCAUCUACUUGUGACUGAGAUCGAUGUCAUCAGGAUACACAAGGAAAACCAGACGGCCUUGAAAGUGUUUUUGAAAAACAACAAAGGCAAGAAAAGUUAUGAUAUCCGAUUUGAUCGUCGAAGUAAUCGUCGGAAGUACAUGCGUGGUACAACAUACACCUCAGAAACGCUGACAUCCGGUCGCCAAAGCAUCCACAUUUACUAUGAUCCCUUGCUGUCAUCCUUGGUUGUGCCACCUGUCCCAUCCACUGAGAAAGCGCAGCGCAUCAAGUGGUUGUUCUAUGCUUCUUUUGCUCAAGACAGACGGGAUGCCAGGAGGUCAUAUGCAUUAGCCAUCAUCCAUUCACUAACAGACAAGCUCCUACAGUCGCAUGUCGCUGCCUGGCAUGCCCUGUGGACCAGGAGCGCUAUCAUCUUGGAGGGUAACCUCCCCCUGGCCCGGGCCGUGUCUGGAGCCAUGUACUACAUCCUCAGCAGCAUCCAGCUGGAGUAUGAUCCAUCUGAUCCUUUCAUUGGGUUGAGCCCCUCAGACCUGGCGCAUGGGGAUACAUCAGAGGAUUAUCUUGGGCAUGUGUUCUGGGACCAAGACACGUGGAUGUACCCUGGUGUUCUAAUGAUGUUCCCUGACUUGGGCAAGCUCCUCCUCCGCACAAGGUUACGCACCCUGGCAGCAGCUAAAGAAAACGCCAAGCUGAAUGGAAAUAUUGGAGCUCAAUUUCCUUGGGAGAUUGCUUACACUGGUCAUGAGGUUUGUCCCGGUGAAGUCUAUGCAAAGAAUGAGAUCCACAUUUCUGGAGACAUAUCCUUUGCCUUCAGACAGUACAUGUGCAUGACAAAAGAUGUUGACUUCUAUGUUGAGGAAGGCGGCCGUGAGCUUGUUACCGCUAUCAGUCGAUUCUGGGACGGUAGAGUCAGCUACGAUCAGAACAAGAGGAAGUUUGAAAUCCUCAGUGUGAUGCCUCCAGAUGAAAUGCGCCAAUCCAUUCAUAACUCGGUCUACACUAACUAUGUGGCAAGCCUUGCUCUGAGAGCUGAUGAGGACAUCAGUCGAUCUCUUCAGAUCAACUCGACCGGUGACCCCAACUGGCUCAAGAUAGCAGAUGACUUGGUUAUUCUGUUUGACGAAGAUGAACAGUUCCAUCCAGAAUUCGAAGGAUACAGGCGAGGUUACCCCAUCAAACAAGCAGACGUGAUCCUGUUGGGAUUCCCACUCAUGAUGGACAUGCCUGAACAUGUCAGAAGGAACGAUCUCACGUUUUAUGAUGCGGUGACCGACCCAGAAGGUCCAGCAAUGACGUGGACCAUGUCAGCUAUCGGGUGGUUAGAGCUGGCUGAGUAUGACAAGGCGCAUACACUUCUCAUGAAGAACAUGAAACAUGUCCAGCAACCUUUCCAGGUUUGGAGUGAGGUGAUAGGUGGACAGGGAGGAGUCAACUUCAUCACGGGCAUGGGAGGACUUCUACAGUCGAUGAUAUUUGGAUACGGUGGUUUCAGGAUCAGACAGGACCACCUCGAGUUCAAUCCAAGUCUUCCUGACCAAGUCACCAGGUUGACUCUCACUGGUAUUAGUUAUCAAGGAGGUGUGUUUACCUUCUGUAUCCAGGAGGAUGGACUGGAUAUCACAUUGACCAGUACGCAAGAUCAUUUCCAACUGUUUAAUGUGAUAACUUUAUCAACAGGACGAGAGGAUAUAUUGCACUGUGAUAGACCUCACAGGAUCGGCCUUGAGAAGGCAAAGAUAAUUCGACUGUAGGGUAAAGUGGGGCAGGUUAAUUAUUCUGAGUCUGGACUUCCGAAAAUCAUUGUUUAUCGUCCCAAAUGUGGUUAAUAUUGACGGCUACUAGUGCUGCACUGCACCAAUCUGUUGUGUGAAUGAACUGUCACGAAUUACUAGAUGUAUGUUAGUUAUUACCCUAUAGUUGGGCUGAUUGGCAAAUAAUGAUGUGAUGAAUAAAUUGAAAUAUUGCAACUC